AACCCACAAUUUCACAUCUGCAAACACUGUCUUCAUCCACUUGACUCCCAAGACCCGCCCACACGUGGCCAACCUUUUGCGUUUUUAAUGCUUUUUCACUGCAGGUUCAUCUGUUGAGACCAACCUUAUAUGGGCUGAUCGGACCGGUAAUGGCUUAUUUCUCUGUAGCACCCAGCAGUAGCACAGUAUCAAUGAGACAGAUAUAGCACUUCAGCCACUUUGGCAUUCUUCCUGGACUUACAGAACUGAUUCCUCUACUACUUGGAUAGGCAAUGGUUAUCGACAGAGGCUCAUUAUUUUCUUUGAAUAGUUCAAGGUAAAACAGCACUGAGAUAUCAUUUUUUCUGAACUGCGAUUGUGUUUUGUGUUUUAAAGCAGCGGAUUGCCAAACUGGUGCAGCAAAUUUCCAGCAUACAUUUCCCCAGAAUAUGUCGUUGACCAACACAAAGACCGGCUUUUCUGUGAAGGACAUUUUGGACCUCCCUGACACGAAUGAUGAAGAAGGAUCUAUCACUGGACCGGAGGAAGAUAACGAGGGAUCGGAGACGACAAAACCCACUGGAGUUUUGGUACAAAGUCCGCUAGAAAACGUUCAAAAUCUGCCUAUAAAGAACCGCUUUUAUGAUAGUAGUGACAAUCCGUACACAAGAUGGCUUGCCACCACAGACACUCUCCAAUAUUCACUGCAUGGUCUUUCAGCAAGUUCUCAAGACUCAGCCAAGUCCCCAGAACCCUCUGCGGACGAAUCGCCAGACAAUGACAAGGAAACGUCAAGCAACGGCAGCGACUCCGGUAAGAAGCGAAAAAGAAGAGUGCUGUUUUCCAAGGCACAGACGUACGAACUUGAGCGUCGGUUUAGGCAACAGAGAUACCUAUCCGCGCCAGAGAGAGAACACCUCGCGAGUUUGAUUCGCCUGACACCAACUCAAGUGAAAAUUUGGUUCCAGAAUCAUCGGUACAAAAUGAAGAGAGCGCGCGCUGAAAAAGGACUUGAAAUGUCUUGUAUAACAAGCACAAUCUUCUCAAGUAAGAUGGCCAUUGGAGACUACGCCAACAAUCAUGUUCCAAGAGAUGAGUAUGUAUGCCUUUCCCUAAAUGGAUUGUCUCACAUUCUUCACGAGAUGAACCUGAGAUGCUUCAGAUGCCAACAGUGUGAAUCGAUGCUUGGAUUUUCAGUUUGAUAAUGACUGCCCAUCAUCUCUCACAGACAGACAGACACUCUUCAAUCAGAGAACAGUUUAACCAUGAUAGCAAGACACAGCUUGGAUGGAAGCUAUGUGUAUAAUAUAACAACUCAAAACUAUUUCAAUGUUAAUGAGGAACUGACAGCGUUUUAACUACUUUGCAUACAUAAAACAAACAGGUUUUAUUUGACUCAACAUUGCAUUACGUACACUAAGGCAUUGUUGGCAGGUUCAUAUAAUUCACCAAUACAUUUCUUGGUAGUCCAAAACAUAUUGCUAUCAGGUUGUAAAUCCCAGCUGGCCUGGUACAUUGUCUGCUGCCUCCAUUUGGGAUGUACUGUGUCAGUUUCAAUGACUCAGUAUUCUGGACAAAAACGGAUGAAUGUUACUAAGGCUGGAAAUGUCAAUAUAAUCAAACUAGCAAGUGCAAUGAUCACAAGUCAGUCAUAACCUGGCUAAUAUGCUAGCGUAUCUAUUUAUGUAGCAAGCUAAAAAAAAGAGCCUAACUUUAGCUAGAUUGGCAGCUGCUAGGAGGACAUCAUGUCAUUGGAGGAGUGUGUGAGUGAUUGACUUUUUUAACUCAUAUUGUUUUUCGGUGGCUACACAGCUAGAGUUGCACGUGUCAUUUUGUUAGCUAGCAAGAAAUGUGAAUCACUUUGAAAUGUGAACAACUUUUAUCCAGUUAGCAUAUCUCUUGGGCUCGCAAAUUCACUCUGGCAAGCUAUCUACUCUAAUUUCAGAGCACUCUUGUUUGAGUGUGCCAGAGUGCAGAGUAACUGAUGCAUUUCCCAACGCGCAACACCCGUUGAAUAUGACCAGUGUCAGUAAAUGCAGGCUAAACAAAGUAAUAGUUAGUCAAGAACGCUCUAUGUAACAUUCAAACAUUGUAACCAGCUCUGCUAGGACAAGUAACAUGGUCAGUGAGGUGUUCUCUCAUUUGUGUCUGGAAGUAGCUAGCAAGCAAGCCAUUUUUAGUCAGUAAGCUUGGGUGCUUGGUUGGGACAAUGCAUGUAUAGGCAGGCAAGCUGCAGAAGGAUAAGCAGUCUAUUCGACAUUGUUUAUCGGUGCAAUUUGAACAGGUUUGAGAGGGUUUACCUAAUGUUCCUUUGUUAUAUUUUUAGCUCAUCUUGCUCUGGCUAUCAUUAGUUGUUGAUCAUGUUGCUGUUGAUGUACAUAUAGGGAAAGCCUACCUUUUUAUGGUUGUUUGAUCAAUAGGACUGUAAAGUUCCCAAAUGUAUAAGGACUCCUACAUAUUUGCAGAAAACCAUUCAAGUGUAUUUUGUCGCUUUUGGCAAAUGCGUUCUAAUGCUCUAAAGUCCAGCUGUUGAAACUGCCUGUAAACACACAGUCCAGUUCAAAGUGGAUGAUGGCAGGCCCGUGUGGCAAAUGGCUUGUUUGCAUAUAGGCCUACUGUAUCUCUGAUUGGCCAUGGCGCACCGGUCUACGUAGACUCUGGUCCUGGGGGUGUAUAGGAACAGAUUUUAAUAAGAUUUCAUCUUGCUAAAGUGCUGUCAGUUCCACUUUAAGUCAUAGAUCUAAGUUUUGUAUUUUGUCUGGAAAGCGUUUAAAAUUCCUCAACCUUUUUAUGGGGGUCCCUGUAAAAGUCUAGUUUAUAUUGAUUGUAUUAUUUUAAUGACACAUUUUUUAAAUCUGUUUGACAGUGGUGAAAUAAACAUUUAUUUAUCUGUAUUUGACAGUGGUGAAAUAAAGUUCAG